AUGGAGCAUAUCACGCCGCCGAGGACCAGAACACCAACAACCAAGCCUGACGAAGGAGCAGCACCGGCAACACCGAGACGAGCAGCUUCGUCCGAAAUUCCGCUCGAGUUCCGGAGCCAACGCGUGAGACACAAGGAGUACAAGCGGCGGGGCCCCCCUUUGAGCAGCCGGUUCGACGAGGCGGACAUCGGCGACACGCGCGCUUCGCUGUCGGCAAGGUUUUUCGAGGCUGCCGACGAACCCACAUCGGCGUCACCGCCGCCGCCGCCGCCGCCCCCCGCCGCAGGGGCCACUCGGACGAACUUCCCGGAGCGGCGGAACAAGGUACAGGAGGGGGGUUCGAAGAAGGCAACGGAGGCGUCGCCCGAAAGGGGCGGCCGAGCGGCAGAGUCCGCGACAACUGGCGCGGGGACGGCGAGGGAAGAGGGGGGAGCUAGAAUAAUCGCAGAGGCGGAGGAAGCCACCUCCGAAGGCACAGCGGCGACAGCAGCGACAGCGGCGGCGGCGGCGGCGGCGGCGGCGGCGGCGGCGGGGGCCGAGCCAUCUGCCAGCAACGCUGACGCCGGAGAAGCUGCUGCGGCCGCCGGAGGCGGCGGUACUGCGGCUGACGACACCGUGGCUCCGGCUUGCGCUGGGAAGCGGAAGGUGGGGGCGGAGAGCGGACAAGAGCGGAGGGAAGGCGAGUCGGCACACAAGGCCGCGGCUGCCGGCGGCGGCGGGGGUUCCUCCAGGGAAGGUCGGAGGUCGAUCGCCGAGGAUUGUUCGGACUCAAGGGUGGACACGAGGGGCACGGCGGCGGCGGCAUUGAAGCAGGAGGUUAACGCGGACGGGAAGGGGGAAAGGGAGGGCACGCACGAAGGCUACAGCGUAGAGGGGGGGGGGGCGGGCGACAACGGUGGAGCCGACGGUGGCAGAGAGAGAAAAGAGUCCCAACAACUUUGA